CCUAUAUAUCCCCCUAUAGCACCAAAACAAGCAGCAAAGAAAACUAAAGCGAUCAAAUUUACUACUUCAGAUCAAAACAAAUUAAAACGAAAUUAACAUAAAACAUAUAAUUAAGAUGGCUAGCAUGGCUUUAACUGGGACCCUUUCCAAGUUGCAAAGCCCAGCAGCAAUCAUCGUACGAAGCCCCUGGAGUUCUAGGAUUUUCGCUCCUCGCAUGCCUUUUCAAAUGGCAGCCACUCGACAUGGAGUAACUGCAGCGAAAGAUCAGGCAUCGAAUGCAGCAAGGCAAGGUAGCAAAGCAGCCCAACAAGGCGCUGAGGCCGCUAAGAAAGUCGGCCAAGAAAUUAAGCACGAGACUGCUUCCACAGCCGAUGAUGUGAUUCAAAAAACCAAGAAUGUGGCUGGGAAGGUGGCGGAGGCUUCUAAGGAUAUGGCCGGAAAAGCCAAGCAAACGGCACAAGAUGCAUGGGGUUCCGUCAAGGACACCACUCAGAAAGUCAAAGAAACGGUGGCCGGAAGGGCUGAAGAAACCAAGGAAUUUGUCAAGGAUAAUGCUGAGAAAGUGGAGCGCAACAUCAACUCCAAAAUGUAAUCCUUCAUCAUUGGUCGUCACCAAUUCCAUCACAUUAACUAUCUCAUGAUUUAUGAAUAAUUUUUCAUUUAUUAGUUUUGUAAUAGGAGUACGAUUUUUAAUGGCUUUUCAUCAGUCAUCGAUUAAUCUACAUUUUGAUGUGUUAAUUUUGUAGUACUGGUGUUGUUAAAUUAUGAUGGAAAUUUAAUGAUGCUUCUA